AGGGGUCUAGUGUCCUUCUCUCUCUCUCUCUAGCUCUCUUUCUAUUUCUUUGCUAACUUCUGUAUCUUUUGAGUCAGACACAAUGAGCAGGCAGUUCAGUUCUAAAUCUGGAAGUGGGGUCAGGAUUUCCAGUGGCUACACCUCUUCCAGCACGGUCAUUCCUGGUGGGACCAAAGGAAGCUUCAGCUCAGUUUCUUUAUCUCGAACUGGGAGAGGAAGUGUAGGGGUUGGUGGGAGAGGAAGUGUAGGGGUAGGUGGCUUUGGUAGUAGAAGCCUCUACAGCCUAGGAGGUACCAAGAGCAUUUCUAUUGGCCCUGGUGGUGGUGGUGUAGGCUUCUAUGGUGGUAGUGGUGGGUUUGGUGGAAGUGGUUUUGGUGGUGGUGGUGGAUUCGGCGGCGGCGGAUUUGGUGGUGGGGGAUUUGGAGCAGGAGGCUAUGGAGUAGGAGGCUAUGGAGCUGGAGGCUAUGGAGCUGGAGGCUAUGGUGGUGGCAUGGGAAUGGGGAGUUUUAUUGGAGGUGGAAGAGUAUGCCCCAUUGUUCCUCCUGGAGGCAUCCAACGAGUGACGGUCAACUCCAACCUCCUGUCCCCACUCAAUCUUGAGAUUGACCCGGAGAUCCAGAAAGUGCGCGUGCAUGAAAGGGAGCAGAUUAAGGGCCUCAACAACAAGUUUGCAUCAUUCAUUGACAAGGUGCGGUUCCUGGAGCAGCAGAACAAGGUUCUCGAGACCAAAUGGAAUCUCCUGCAGCAGCAUGGCAGCAUGACCACCAAAAUCAACACCGACCCCAUGUUUGAGGCUUACAUCAACAACCUCAGGAGGCAGCUGGAUGCCCUGAUGAACGACCGGUCCAGACUGGAUGGAGAACUGAGAAAUGUGCAGGAUCUUGUGGAAGAUUAUAGAAAGAAAUAUGAAGAUGAAAUCAACAGGCGCACGACAGCUGAAAAUGAUUUUGUUGGCAUCAAGAAGGAUGUUGAUGGCUCCUUCAUGAACAAAGUAGAGCUUCAAGCAAAGUCAGAUAGCUUGACAGAUGAAUUAAACUUCCUGAGAGCCCUCUAUGAGGCGGAACUGGCUCAGAUCCAAGGGCAGGUCAGUGACACCAACAUCAUCCUCCAAAUGGACAACAACAGAGACCUGGACCUCAACAGCAUCAUUGCUGAAGUGAAAGCUCAGUAUGAAGACAUUGCAAACCGGAGUCGGGCCGAGGCCGAAGCGUGGUACCAAGACAAGUUCCAGGAACUUCAGACCACAGCCAGUUCUCAUGGUGACGACCUGAAGAACACCAAGAAUGAGAUUGCUGAGCUGAACCGGAUCAUCCACAGGCUGAAGGCAGAAAUCGAAAGUGUGAAGAAGCAGGUUGCCAGUCUCCAUGCAGCUAUUGCAGAUGCUGAGCAGCGAGGAGAGUUGGCCCUGAAAGAUGCCAGGGUGAAACUCACUGAUCUGCAGCAUGCCCUGCAAGCUGCCAAGGAUGAGCUAGCACGUCUACUGAGAGACUAUCAAGAGUUGCUGAAUGUCAAACUGACCCUCGAUGUUGAGAUUGCUACCUACAGGACUCUGCUGGAAGGAGAAGAAUGCAGGAUGUCUGGGGAACUCAGUUCGCCUGUGAGCAUAUCUGUGGUCAGCAGUUCUUCCACUGUAGGCGGAAGUGGCUACGGCCUCGGGGGCGGAGGCGGAGGAGGACGAAUGAGUAGCGGAGGCCUUAGCCUGAGUGGUGGCGGCGGCGGUUACGGUUUUGGAAUGGGUGGCGGAGGUGGCGGCAGUGGAGUCGGUUUCGGCAGUGGUGGUGGUACCAGUGGUGGUGGUGGUGGCAGUGGGUUUGCUGCUGGCGGAGGGAGCGGUUACAGUUCCGGAAGUUCACGCAGCUAUGGAGGAGGCAUGAGCAUUGGAGGGGGAGGCGGCUCCAGCACAAAAUAUGUCUCCACAACCUCGUCAUCGAGCAGGAAAGUAGUUAGAUAAAAAGUGUUAAAAACCACCAACCAACCAAGUUCUGCCUUUUCUAGGAAAGCUCCUGAUAUGUUCUACUAGCCAGCAGCAACAGCCAGCCUUCAAGCCAGUUGCCCUACCGAAAGUGACAAAAACAGUCCCCUACACAAUCACAUGGCCAGCUGAGCAAAGACCUAGACCACCCCUGCCAUUUUGCAAAUGUUGGGGGGCACAAUCCAUCCGACCUGAAGCACAUUAUAUUUCUGUUAAAUUUAAUGAGACAGAGUUCAACACGAGCUCCUUCCUCACCUAUUGUAGUCAAUGGUUCAUUUUGGCUGGAUUGGGCCCUUCCUUGGUGAACAAGAGUUGAAUAAUCUCUCUUUUGGAAAUUCAUUUUUGAUCUGUGUUUUUGCUUCUAAAUUCCACAUCUCAAAUCAUCCCAAUCUAUAAGGCCUUCUUGUUUCUAGGGUUUUAGCCUGCAAUCUCAUACACAGUUACUUGAAUCCCACAGGCCUCAGUAGGACUCUGCUGGCAUUCAGCAUUGCAAACGUUAAAGUUUAACCUUCUCCGACUUAAAUUUCAUUACACUAUUUGCACCUUUGUGGACGGCUGAUCUUCUGAAGCAAUUAUGUGUGUGGAAUGAAAUAUACUGAUCCCUGACUCACCCCUCCCCUGACCAAUGUGAUACUGAUAAUAAUAGCACCAUUUUAUUAUAGUGAUUCUAAAAGGCACCAGGUAUCCCAAUCAAGGAUGGCUGAGAAUCUCAUUUCUUUGGAUGAGCGUGAACCACUUCGGACACCAUGUGGUGUACACAGAAUCAAAAUAUCAUGAAGGUGUUGAGCUACACACUCCAACCAGUCAUCAUUUUAUGAUUCUCUAUUGAUUCUUUUGGUGUCCAGAUAUGUAGUAGAGUUGGACUCAAGUAACAUCACAACGUUCGCUCCUCUAUAGAGAUCUGUAGGUUGCCUGUCUUAAAUGAAGUAUAUGUUUGUUUUCUUGGUUGACCCUUUCUGCAAAAUGGUGGUUUUUACUAGCUGGAUGAAACACAUGUUAAAGAAUCCACAAUUUGAUCCCCAAAUAUAUUUUGCCUGUUUUAUAAGUGCCCACAUUUGUGUCUUGUAAAUAAAAGUACACUGGCUCUGCCUCUGCUUCGUGUUCACAAUUCUGCAUACCUUCAGGCUCCUCUCUUUUUUUUGCUAAUAAACUGCAUUGUGAUA